GAUAUUAUUUUUUGAUUUGUCGUCGUGAAGUCCUUGACAGGAGGUUAAAACGUAAAAAUGAUUAUUUACUUUUGUGAAUUAUUUUAUAUUUUUAUGGCUGAUACAUAAUUUGAUCACACAUUAUAAUACAAUUGAUUCUAUUUUAAAGUUUGUGGCGGGGCCAUGAUGGAGGACCUGGGGUCGUCUGACAUCUGCCGCGUGUGUCGGUCUGAGGGAUGUUCAGAACGGCCGCUCUUCCACCCCUGCAUCUGUACCGGCAGCAUCAAAUGGAUCCACCAGGAAUGCCUAGUGCAGUGGAUGCGCUACAGUCGCAAGGAGUACUGCGAGCUGUGCGGUCACUGCUUCUCGUUCACGCCCAUCUAUUCGCCGGACAUGCCGCGUCGACUGCCCAUCCGGGAUGUGGCCGGCGGACUCCUGGCCAGCAUCGCCACCGCCGUCAAGUAUUGGCUGCAUUUCACGCUGGUUGCGCUGGCCUGGCUCGGCAUUGUGCCGCUCACCGCCUGUCGUAUCUACCGCUGUCUCUUCACCGGCUCUGUUGAUUCGAUCCUGACACUACCUCUGGACAUGUUGUCGACCGAUAACAUAGCGUCGGACAUCUUCCACGGCUGCUUCGUGGUCUCGUGCACUCUGUUCGCGUUCAUCGGUCUUGUUUGGUUGCGCGAACAGAUCCUGCACGGCGGCGGCCCUGAUUGGCUGGAGCGCGAGGACCCCCCUGCGCCCCCCGCACCGCCGCCGCCCCUGCUGCAGCAGCCGCCCCACGCACAGCCGCUGCUCGACAACAACAACGAACAGCCCGAACAAAAUGAGCCGAUCCAAGAACUGGCCGUCGGCGGCGACGAUCUGCCGGGAGGCGGGGCGGACGACGGCGACGAUGUGGGUGGAGCCGGGGGUGGGGCCGGGGGCGGAGCCUUGUUGGGCGGGGAGGUGGGCAAUUGGAACGCGAUCGAGUGGGACCGCGCCGCCGAGGAGUUGACCUGGGAGCGGCUGCUCGGCCUUGACGGGUCGCUGGUGUUUCUCGAACACGUGUUCUGGGUUGUCUCACUCAACACACUCUUCAUACUGGUGUUCGCCUUCUGUCCCUACCAUAUGGGCCAUUUUGCGCUCGCCAGUCUCGGGCUCAGAGAUCAUGCUGCCGCCUCGCAUUUCGAAGGAUUAGUGACAACACUUUGCGGAUACUGCGCUGUGGGACUGUGUCUGCUGAUUUUCCACUCACUGGCAUCCUUCUUCAGUUUCUCACGCGCCAGGCGAGUGCUCGGCUUAUGCUAUGUGGUUGUAAAGGUCUCGCUGCUGUCGGUGGUAGAGAUAGGUGUGCUACCUUUGAUCUGUGGAUGGUGGCUAGACAUCUGCUCGCUGUCAAUGUUCGACGCCACACUGAGAGACAGAGAGGCGUCUUUUAGGGCGGCGCCCGGCACCUCCAUGUUCAUCCACUGGGUCUGUGGCAUGGUCUACGUCUACUACUUUGCCUCGUUCAUCCUGCUCCUAAGAGAGGUGCUGAGGCCUGGUGUGCUCUGGUUUCUGCGCAAUCUCAACGAUCCCGACUUCAGUCCCAUUCAGGAAAUGAUCCACCUGCCGAUAAUGCGUCACGUGCGUCGGCUGCUGGCAUCAGCUGUUAUCUUCGGAACAGCUGUUCUGCUGAUGCUGUGGCUGCCCGUGCGUGUGCUACGCCUUGUGUGGCCCGCCUUUCUGCCCUACACUGUCGCCCUGCAAACCGAAUCAACACAGGUGAGCGAGUUAUCCCUGGAGCUGCUCCUACUGCAAGUGAUUCUGCCCACCCUGCUGGAGCAAAGCCACACGAGGCUGUGGCUGAAGGCGACUGUACGCGCCUGGUGUCGCGCCGUCUCCCAUCUGCUCGACCUCAAGUCCUAUCUGCUCGGAGACGACCAGCCUGACCCCGCACAGAUGGAGGUUGGAGCCGGUGCCGGGGGCGCAAAUGCAGCCGGGGUCGCAAACGACCUGGGCGCCGCACACCAGGCACUGUUGCACCGAGCGGGCCCGACCGGAUUCCAGCCGUACCAGCGACCGCACCUGUUUGCGGCGCGCAUCGCCGGUCUCCUGCUGCUAGUGGCCGCUAGUCUAGUGGCCGCCAGUCUGGUCGCACUCACUGUGCCCGUGUGGCUCGGUCGUCGAGUGAUGACCAUGUGGUCGGUCACGCCUCCGGGGGCGGCACUCACCUCUGCGCCGCCUCCGCCGCCCGCGCCCAUACAUGAGCUGUACACCGCCUCGUGUGGCACCUACCUGUGUUGGCUGGUGGCACGCGCCGCCGCUCUUGUCAUCAGCUGGCUGCCACAAGGCCGAGCCGCAUUCUUACAACGCCUGGUGACAUGGGCGUUCGUGCUGGCAAAGGCGGUGGUGGCGUUUGUCGUUCUGUUCGGCGUGAUUCCUCUCCUGUUCGGCUUGCUGAUCGAGCUAGUAGUGGUGGUACCCUUCCGCGUGCCUCUGGAACAAACGCCCAACCUCUGGCUGUCACAGAUCUGGGUGCUCGGCGUGCUCUACACGAAGAUCGUCUGCGCAAUCACCAUGAUGUGUCCCGACUGUGCGCUGCGUCGCGCCAUCGAACGCGUCUAUCGCAACGGAGUGCGCGCGCUCGAUCUCGGCCAAAUACUGACCGAACUCGCCGCUCCAGCCGUGGCCUAUCUAUCUGUCGCACUGUCUGUGCCCUACGUCACAGCUCACGCCCUGGCACCUCUAUUUGUCGCGUCGCCGCGUCUACGCAACACCAUCGCGCGACGUAUCUAUCCCUGCGUGCUCAUUGUAUCCUUCUCUAUCAUCAUUAUCAAGCUCCAGAUCCACCAGUUCUCUAAGCUCUACGAACACAUUAAAAACGACAAAUACCUCGUGGGAAGGCGUCUGGUUAACUACCAUCACAACAAAUCUACAUCCUCCACAGUAGUAUCUCAACCGGCUGCGUUUCCAAACAACUAACGAAUUAAUCCAGAUUUGUUCUAUUACUACUAGAUGUUAUCACAACCAUUGAUAUAUCUAUGUACCCUCUUAAUUAUUGUGAUAUAUAUAUACUGAAUAUUGAAUAAUUUGAUCCUCCAACAUUUUUUGCUGGAUGCUGGAUGCUAAUAAUUAAAUUGUUUUGAUCUAAAAAGUUGGAAUUCUGGAUGCUGAUAAUUGAAUAGUUGUAUCCUAAUCAAUGAUGGACACUAGUUAAAUAAUUUGGUUUCAACUCUGUAGAUUUGAUAACGUGAACCAACAUUGUUUCGAUCUAAACAGUUGAAAUUCUGGAUGCUGAUAAUUGAAUAGUUGUAUCCUAAUCAAUGAUGGACACUAGUUGAAUAAUUUGGUUUCAAUUCUGUAGAUUUGAUAACUUGAAGCUGAAAAUUUUUUUCAACUAAUUGGUUGUUCAAAAACUACAAAAUCAAUUGUAAAACGUUGUCAUGCAACCUGUUUGAUUGUAUCUGAUGAUGAAAAGAAGUAUGUUACCAAUCCUGUUUCCUUGCUAGAAUGGGAUUCAAAAUCUAAAAGGGUUUCGUUUUCUUAUAGUGGAAAAUAAUUAUUUCGAAAUUCUCCCGAAACAGUGAAUUUAUUCGGUGAAACAAACUUUCAAGUGUGAUGUUAAACAAUAGAGAUGAGUGAGAGAUCAAGUAUUUAUUUUUGUUGUGCUUAGUGAGUUGGGUCCAACUGAACAGAGGUAUUUUUUGUUUUGUUUAUUUCUCUAUUGAAACGAUGAAUUCCUGUCCUUUCAAUAUAAAUAUUGUUAACAUUAUAAAGGAAUACAAAAAUUGAAAUUGGAGAACCAUAAUUGAGAAUCGAUUAAUAACGUUUUUUGGGUAUAAAUGAAGGCCUAUCAACAUGUUAUUUGCUUCAUAAUAUAUUCGAUUAUAUUCAAUCUUAUUCCAUUAUACUCUAUGUAUAUAACAUCAAGUAUUCCAGAGGAAAAUUUUGAUCAAAAUAUAUCUUUCACUAUUUUAAUCUCUAGUUUUGGGUUGCAUUCUUUAAUAAUUGUUCAUUUAAAAUAAAAAUAAAAAUUAUUAGUGUCAUCUAUUCGAUAACCCGAUGUGUAGUUGUUCUAAUAGACACAUCUUUAUAAAAAAGUGUGGAACUAAACAAAACUAUUGGUGGAUCUAUAUUGAGUAUCUUGUUGUAUUCUAUAUUUGAAAAUCAUAUUAUCCAAAUAUACUUUGAACUGUUAUUAAUACAACACCUAUUUAUUGGAUUAUAUUCGUGAGCUAUUGUGUAUAAUUUCAUUACUUCCCCACUAUUUAUAUUAUCUAUCUUACAUAAUUACUUAUUCACUAGGUUGGGCCUGAAAGGUGAUGUGUAAAUUACAUUACGCUUAUUCUUAAAUACAUUUUAUAUAUACUGUUAAUUUGCUAUAUUUAGUUAGUUUUAUUUGAGUGAAUAUUUGCGAUUGAAAUGGAAUGCUGGUUGUGAGCAUAAUAUAUUUGUUAAUAAAGCACACUAUUGUUGUAUAGUUUACUUUAAAUUUUAAAUAGAAAAGCUAGAUCAGUUGAGCGCUUGGGUAUUCUAGAGUUUGAAUAAUUGGCCAAGAAUGUGAUAUUCGCUUACAGGUAUGAGAUGACCAUCUCAGAUAAUGUAGUAAGUUUCUGGAAGUAGCUAUCUGAAAAAAAUAUUGAAUUUAGUUUAAACUACAAUAUUUAUCUUCUUACUUUUAUAACGUUAUGUUCAAAAUCAUCUCCUCUCAAAAGUACAAUUCUAUCUGUGAAUGAUAGAAGAGAUAUUUGAGAAACUUCGUUAUUGUUAAGCUGCGUUUACACCAAAGUUAUUAACAAAAUGUUAAUAACCUUAUAGAUUCUAUUAGAUUGAACACAACUUAUCAUACACAUGAUGAACAUAUGUGUAUGUCAAGUUCCGUUCAAUCUAAUAGAAUCUACAAGGAUUAAGUUAUUAACAACCUUAUAGAUUCUAUUAGAUUGAACAUAACUUAUCAUACACAUGAUGAACAUAUGUGUAUGUCAAGUUCCGUUCAAUCUAAUAGAAUCUACAAGGAUUAAGUUAUUAACAUUUUGUUAAUAACUUUGGUGUACGCGCAGAUUUAGAGUGAAGGUAUUAUUCGAUCACUUAUGCAUAUUCUUUGUUAUUCAACCUUAUUAUUCUUCACUGAUUAUUGAUUACUUUUCAUUCAAUUUAAUUAUAGAAUUACAAUAUUUAUUUUAUCAAUCGGUCACAGUUGUUGACUUGAUUCACACUUUAAAAGUGUUUCUUGAUUUUCUGGACACAUCUUCAUCAAUACAUCUGUGAAAUUUACUCAAUCUAAACUUCAAAUCAAUAUAAAAUCGGUGGUAUAAUGUAGCCUUGUUGAACGAUUUAUAAAAAAAUGCUAUCCUAUAAUAAAGCAGAGAAAAAACAUGUAAUGUAGAUUAUUACUGGAAUUGGGUCGUUUUAAUUAUUGAGAAAAGGCAAUAAACUUGAAGAAAUUGAUUGAUAUGUAGGCUUCUAUGCAGUAUGAGAAGGUAUAUCGCAGUAAAUAAUAAUAGGGCAGCAAAUACCUAAUUACAUGGCAUAGUUGAACCAGUUUUAAUCUAUAUCAUAAUAUCCGUUCAUUCAAGUUAAAAUUAAAAUUAUUCUUAGAGGGAUUUUCUUCAAUAUAACCCCAACUGCUAUAAAAUUACUCCAAAUGUUUUUUUUUAUUGUUUUCCAUAGAUCCUGUCAAUAUUUUGUCAAUAAUAUCAUUUCCCCAGUUAUUACAAUAUGAUAUCAAACGUCUUAGUUGAAAAUAUAUAAACUGUAUUUAGCAUUUGGUUAUUCUCAGCGAUAUGUCUAUUGUAAAUUUUUUAAUAUUAUUGGAGAAUGACUGAAUGAGAAAAAUGAAUGAUAGUGACUGUAAUUAAAUAUUGAUCUUUAUGUAUUUUUUUGGUAUUUGUGUAUGAAUAUUGUGAAAAUGUUUGUAAAAAUUCUUCAUUUAUCUCAAUAGAGAACCAUUCAAGCGAA